ACCCUUGUUCAUGAUAAAAUGCUGCUGUUUUAUUUCAGGAAGUAUUCCUUUGCUCCUUUCAUCUGCACCUUCUUCGAGUGGGAGAUCACUGGUGCCUGCUUCUUGGCUUCAUGAAUUGAAUGUUGAGCACUCUUACCCGUACCUCUAGCAGGAAAUCCUGGAUGUUCUUCACUUUGAUAUCGUGUGGAUAUAUUCAAUGAGCUCAUUUGUUUGCAUCAGAUGUAGCCUUCCAGAAGGUGCCUGUGAAAGACAAUUUGUUUCAGUAAUAGGUACAGGCCACCACUAUUAUUCUCCCCGACAACCAGUGGCCGUAAAGUGAUUUAUUCCCCAAAAUAUUGCUUGGCAACAGAUGCUAUUCUAUUUACUGUAAUCCCUGAUUUUCCGCUUGAAAUACUGGAGAUGCUGUUCUCUUGGUCCUAUUUUAAGUGAUGAUAUAGAAAUGGAUUUUAGUUCUUCAUCUGUUUUUGAUCAGCACAAAGACUCUGCAGAGGAAAUCGACCUCACUGAGGUUUAUCAGGCAGCAUCCAAUGGAGAUAUCAACACCCUGACAGCAGUGAUUCGUGAGGACCCUUCCAUUUUGGAAUGUUGUGACAAUGAAGGGUCAACUCCAUUGAUGCAUGCAAUAUCAGGCCGGCAACUUGAUACAGUGAAGCUGCUGCUCAAGAUGGGGGCUUCUAUCAAUACGGAAGAUGCAUGUGGACGAACAGCACUAUCUCUAGCUACAUACUUGGGCUGGCUAGAUGGUUGUGUAACACUACUUCGAAAUGGUGCCAAGCAAAAUAUCCCAGAUAAAAAUGGAAGACUUCCCCUUCAUGCAGGCACUGCUGAAAAUAAUGUCAGACUCCUAGGUCUGCUGUUGCAGCAAACUACUAUGUGUGAAAUAAACCACCAAGACAAUGAGGGUAUGACCCCACUUCAUUGGGCUGCUUUUCAUAACCGGCCACAACAUGUCCAGGCUUUAUUACAAAAAGGAGCUGAUCCAACCUUGGUUGAUAAAGACUUUAAAACAGCCCUUCACUGGGCAGUGCAGAGUGGGAAUAGAAUCAUGACUUCUAUAAUUUUGGAUCAUCACCUGACCCCAUCUAUAAUAAACUAUGAUGAUGAAAAUGGAAAGACCAGUGUUCAUAUAGCAGCAGCAGCUGGGUACAGUGAUAUCAUCUAUGAACUUGCAAGAAUACCAGAGUGCAAUCUGCAAUCACUUGAUGUGGAUGACAGGACACCACUUCAUUGGGCUGCUGCUGCUGGGAAGACAGACUGUGUGCGAUCUUUGAUAGAGCUAGGCGUGGAUAGCAGUCCAAGAGAUAUCAAUGAAAACACUCCUUUAACAUAUGCAAUGUACUGUGGGCACACAGCAUGUGUCAAGCUGUUUUCACAGGAGAAUAGAUCUGACCCUAUAAGACAGCAAUCUGCUCAAAGCACAAAGAAGAAGGAGGGACGUUUUAGUGUUUUGAACCAGAUAUUCUCCUGUAAGAAGAAAAAAGAUGAGCAAAAAAUCACUCGGAAAGAUAAAAACAAGGACAAAUGUCUGAGAGAUGAAACUUCUGAAGUUGAUGAGAUCAUAACAACUUUUGAUUGCAUUUUGGAUCCCAAAAAUUGUGAUGACCUGGAAAAGCGGGUACAAGAGAAUAGACUGAGGAAAACAACUGCAGAGCUUACAAUUCGAAAAUGCCGGCCUUCAAACAAAAACCAAAUAUAUAAAAGUCUUCCCCCUAUACAGACAGAGAGCCUUCCGCCACCAAUGCGUAACUAUCCUCUGUUUUCAAAUUCACCUUGUAUGAUUCAGAACGCAGAUAGUAAAGCUAGUACACAUCAUUUUGCGCACAUAUCCCAAAAGAGCCGCAGUGAACAUGACUUGUUUGUGAAUCGAACCAGUGCUCAACAAAUUUUGGAUGGUCUUUGGGCUAAAGAUACCAAUCAUAUUUUGCCUCACAAAGCAUGGACUGCUCCUCCUUCAGCAAAGUUGUUGGAAGUUUUUCUGCAAGAAAGGGCCAAACAUAUGGAACUCUCACAGCAUCCUCACCUUCCCUACUUACACAGCAAUCCUAAAGGUGAAAAUGUACAUAUAACCCCCUUUGAGAAAAUGAAAGUAAAAGAUUCAAUACCUGCAAGGUCCUACCUGGCGCCUAUUGUCGAUGACUCUGUUCAUAAAUGUAAUCUUCGAUCAGAAGUGCCAAAAACCAGAGCACAGCCUCAGACUUCUGUAUGGACUGCUCCAGUAAAUCGCCCACCAAGACUCCCAUCUAGAAUGCAAAGAGAGGGGACUAGUCAAAGCCGUUCAUUUUAUUCAUUUUUGCCAGUCAUAUCACGCGAUUCUAUGAGAGUCAACCCUGUACUUCCCGCUAUCCCAAUUCAGAAGAAGAGCACACAUUCAGAAGACUUGUCCAAGUUUGAAAACGAUUCCCAGAGAGAGAGUCAAUAAAUAUACGAAAGAAGGACAAAAAUUUGGAAAUCAAGUUUGAUACUUGAUCGAUUCUGAAAAAGGUGAUUACAACCAAUGUAUUGAUAGAUAAUGUGUUCAAAUUAAGUAAGGGAAAACCAGUCGUCACAGUGUUCCUAAUCAUUAAUCAGCAGACCUUUCUAAAAAAUCCAUACAAGUUAACAGCAGAUAAGGACCCGAUCAAGUAAGUAAGUAAGUUAGUUUAUUGGCCAAGUAUUCACAUACAAGGAAUUUGCCUUGUUGCUCCAUCCACAAGUAAAAAUAUGACAUACAGUGAC